AUGAUAUCUUUAAGGCUUAGCCUUCUUUUCACGCUCAUCUUCACUCUGAUUAUUAAUCAGACAUAUUCCAAGAAAGAUAGGAAGACUUACAUUGUCUACAUGGGUGACCACCCUAAGGGCAUGGACUCCACAUCCUUACCUUCCCUUCAUAUGACCAUGGCACAAAAAGUCCUUGGCAGCGACUUUGAAGCAAAAGCUAUACUUCAUAGUUACAAGAAAAGCUUUAAUGGAUUUGUCAUCAAGUUAACAGAAGAGGAAGCGGAAAGAAUGGCAGAAAUGGACUGUGUUGUCUCUGUUUUCCCAAAUAAGAAGCAUCAGCUGCACACAACUAGAUCGUGGGACUUCAUAGGCGUUUCGAAGCAAAUUCAAAGAACAAGUUUAGAGAGUGACAUAAUCGUUGGAGUAAUAGACACAGGAGUUUGGCCAGAGUCUAAGAGUUUCAGUGACGAAGGAUUUGGUCCUCCACCAUCUAAAUGGAAGGGAUCAUGCCACAACUUCACUUGUAACAACAAAAUAAUAGGAGCUAAGUACAUCAAUAUUGAAGGUGACUAUGGCAAAGACGAUAUCGUAUCUCCUAGAGAUGCACAAGGGCACGGGUCACACACUGCAUCCACAAUUGCUGGAAAUUUGGUUAAGUCUGCAAGUCUAGAAGGCUUUGCCUCAGGGACAGCCCGUGGAGGAGUUCCAUCAGCACGCAUUGCCAUAUACAAAGCAUGUUGGCUCAAAAUAGGUUGCCCUGAGGCUGAAACCCUUGCAGCAUUUGAUGAAGCAAUUGCUGAUGGAGUUGAUAUAAUUUCCAUUUCAACCGGGUUCAAUAACAUUGAGUUCUUUCCCUAUUUCCAAAGUGCAUAUGAUAUAGGAAGUUUCCAUGCAAUGAAGAGAGGCAUAUUAACGUCAAAUUCAGCCAAUAAUUUGGGUCCUAGAUUUUCCUCUAUGACCACUUAUCCACCCUGGAUACUCUCAGUGGCUGCUAGCACUAUUGACAGAAGGUUCCUUACCAAAGUGCAAUUGGGCAACGGCGUAGUUUUUGAUGGGGUUUCAAUUAACACUUUUGAUCUCAAAAACAAAAUGUUUCCAUUGAUAUACGCUGGAGAUGUACCCAACACUGCUGGUGGAUAUAAUAGUUCCACAUCCAGGUUUUGCAUCGACCACACUGUGGAUAAACAUUUGGUGAAAGGAAAGAUCGUUCUAUGUGACAAAAUUGUGUCUCCUGGAGAUAUAGGGGUUUUGUCUGGGGCUGCUGGGAUUCUUGUUGGAGCCACUGAUGCAAAAGAUGGGCAAACCACGUAUGCACUACCCGCGGCUUUUAUUAGUCUAAGGAACUUUAAGCUCGCACAUUCUUACAUGAUUUCAUCGAGAAAUUCAACUGCCACGAUAUUUAGGAGUGACGAAGACAAUGACUCACAAACCCCUUUCAUAGUUUCGUUUUCAUCAAGAGGUCCAAAUCCAAUUACACCAAACACUCUCAAGCCUGAUGUUGCUGCCCCAGGAGUUAACAUUCUAGCUGCAUGGUCACCAUUGUAUCCAAUUUCAACAUUUGAAGGUGACAAAAGAGCAGUACACUACAACAUAGAGUCUGGCACUUCGAUGGCUUGCCCUCAUGCAGCUGCAGCAGCUGCAUAUGUCAAAUCAUUUCAUCCCAAUUGGUCCCCUGCUAUGAUCAAGUCUGCAUUAAUGACCACAGCUACACCAAUGAGUCCUACUCUUAAUCCUGAAGCUGAAUUUGCAUAUGGUGCGGGCCAAAUUAAUCCUAUUAAAGCGGUAAAUCCUGGUUUAGUGUACGAUAUUAGUGAAGCAGAUUAUGUCACGUUCUUGUGUGGAGAAGGUUAUACAGAUAAAAUGCUUCGAAUUCUUACCAAAGAUCAUAGUAGAUGCAGCAAACAUGCUAAACAAGAAGCUGUAUAUGACCUCAAUCUUCCAUCGUUUGCUCUCUACGUAAAUGUGUCGUCUUUCAGUCGUGUUUAUCAUAGAACGGUUACAAAUGUGGGAUCGAAAACGUCUAGUUAUAAAGCCAAAGUGGUAUCACCGUCUUUGUUGGAUAUUCAAGUGAAACCAAAUGUUUUAUCCUUCACAUCAAUUGGGCAGAAGAAGUCAUUCUCAGUCAUAAUUGAAGGGAGUAUUAAUGCAGAUAUACUCUCUGCUUCUCUGGUUUGGGAUGAUGGCACUUUUCAUGUUAGAACCCCCAUUGUAGUAUAUGGUGACCGUGAAGUUAUUACUUGGUCUACUUAA